AUGCCUCACGUCGACAUCUUGUUCAACCAGUUGCAGAAGAGAAAAACCGAUCCAGCGCAAGUUAAAACGGCUAUCGAUAAUUUUGGAAAAUGUAUUGUCGAUGUGAGAAAUAAAAUUGAUGACAUAAUAAAUGAAGCCAAAAGCAUUUGCACUGAACCCCAAGGCAACAAAAGGAGACGACGUAAUAAUAGCAGUCACGAUCACCGAGUUGCCGCAUUAGAAGUAUGCGAAAAUUAG